AUGGAAGAAGCAACGCCAAAAUCGCUCGAACUGUUACCUGUGGCAUUGGUAGGAAAUGUGCAUGAUAUACUUCAGAGAGGAAUCACAUCAGUUGACCAUCCAGAUUCUUCAAACGAUGUGUCUACAAACAAAAACGCCAAGAAAUACCUUCCAAAAAACAGGAAAUUUAAAAAGGAAGCUAUCGCAUCUCUAAAUCGCGCAUCAUCUCUUUUUGUUCUAUACGUAACAACCAUUGCCCACAGUAUUGCCAAGGCUAACAAAAGGAGUACUGUUGUCGAACGAGAUGUUAUGGAAGCGCUGAGAACAUGCAUGUUCUGGGAAAUCGAACGAAGGAUUGUAAACGAACAAGAUACGCAAUAUGAAGAGGAUGGAGACGACGUGGAAAUUGACGACGCUCCUACGAAUGAUUUAGAACAGAUGGAUGAUAUAGAAGAUAUUGCUGAAAAUCCAGAAGAAAUGGAAAUAGACGAAGAAACGUAA